AUGGACGUUAAGUUGAUAGUUUUGCUACUGUUUGUGCUCAAACAUAGUUUGGUGUCUUCGGAAAAUGGAGAGUUUAUUGAGUUAUCCGAGUACUACCGAAUGCCCAAGCUGAACGAGUACGACGACUAUGACCAGUGCAUGAAUGAUCUUCCAAAUGGUCGCGUGGCGACCUUCUGCAUGGUCCGAGUGGUCGUUAAACCGGACAGUAGUUCCACCACUUGGCAGUUGAUUGAGGACUUUUCAAGCGAUCGCAAAAGACACUUCAACCAUGCCCUGCUGGAUCGAGGAAUCUGCAUCGAGCACUGCAAGCAGCUGGUUCGAGGACUUUCGAACGAAACUAGUCAGAAUCUCAAAGUGGAAAAGUUUGACUUUGAUUUUCCGUACAUCUUUGACGUGUCAGUAUUCAAGGAUACGCCCAAGGAUCGGGAGCGCUAUCAAGAUUUAGUUGAUAUCUGUAUCAACUAUCGACUUAACCAGACGUACCAGUUGACGGCCUACACGGAGAUUGAAGUUUGCGAUAAAAGUACCGAUGCUAUCGAAAUUGACUCGUUAGAUUUGCUCUUUCUUGCUGUUCUAGCAAUAUUGAUAAUGUUGAUGCUUUUUUCAAGCAUGUAUGAUGCGAGUAGCAAUGCCAAACAUAAUUUGGCUCACUACGAGAACGAUUUAAGUAGUAAAAAGCAAGCUUUCUUCACUUCGUUCUCAGUUCUGCGCAACUGGCUGCGGCUGCUGUCCCGAUCUCAGAGUCCAAUCCACAAGCUGCUACGUCCCCUGCAAGCGGCUCGAUUCAUCACGAUGUACCACGUGAUCAUGGGUCACGCGGUGUUGAUUGCUACCAGUGGUCCCAACCAGAAUCCUUUCAUGUCGGAGAAGCUGUACCACAACAUAUCGGCGAUGAUCCUCACCGGAGGAACCCAAGUCGUGCAGAUCUUCAUCACCAUGAGUGGAUUUCUGGUGGCCUACCACGUUCUGUUGCACAUCCGGUUGACGCAGAAGAAGAUCGGACUGCUGUUUCUGCUCAAAGCCAUCGUCCUUCGAUACAUCCGACUGACUCCGAUGUACGCCUUCAUGGUGUUGUUACAUGCAACGUGGUUGAUCAAGCUCCAAGAUGGUCCCAUGUGGAAGCGUAGCGUCGAAACGGAACGCACCUUCUGCCGGAGAAACUGGUGGACGAACUUGCUGUACGUCAACAACUUUUUGAAUCCCGAUCAACCGUGUGUUCAACAAACGUGGUAUCUCGGGUGUGAUUACCAAUUGUACUGCGCUGGAAUAUUGGUACUGAUCUUAAUCAGCUGGAUGCGAAAACGAACAGUCCCAAUUUUGAUUUUGGUGACCAUUGGAGCUUUUGCUCUCACAGCUGUGCACAUCUACGUGAACGAAUUGGAGGGAGUUUUUGUUAUUUCUCCAGAAGCCCAGCGAUUUGUUUUAUGGUUCGACAAAAACUACCUGAUCUCAUACAUUCCAUUCCAAGUCAACACCGGCAACUAUCUGAUCGGGAUGAUCGCGGCAUUCAUCUUGCUUCAUCUACAGAAAAAUAAUAUUGAUCCUACGGAAAAGAAGUGGUUCCGAAUCUUUUGGCCCUUUGCCUUUCCCCUGGCCAUCGGAAGUCUCCUUCUGCACUACAUCUUCUACGUCAACGAUUUCGAAACGCCUUCCCUGUGGAUGUCGAUCUUCUACCCGACCAUGAAGUACUUCUGGGGAGUCUGCUUCGUGUGGUUCGGGCUGGGCAUCGUGUACGGAAAGGGAGCGGUGUUCAAGCGAAUCUUCAACAGUCAGAUAUUUGAACCGUUGGGACGGCUUACGUACGCGGCCUUCCUGAGUCACACGUUCGUAAUGCGGUUGCUGUUCUUGUGCAUACGUGGCACGAAGCAUUCGAAUACACUUGGAAUGACUGCGAUGGUUCUGACCUCGGUGGUUUUGUCCUAUAUAAUGGCUCUGUUCCUGUGUUUGGCCAUGGAGUUGCCCGUGUCGGCUCUGCAGAAGCUGAUUAUCGGGAAGCAGGACCUGGAUGUCGUGAAGCAGCCCUCGCCGGGAACAACUGAGAAUGGUCUUAAUAGGGAGGGUCAGAAUGCUGCUUAG